AUGGUAAAAAGAUCAGAAUUAGAGUCUAAACAACUAUUAACUAAUAUUCGGAGAUCAACAUUUUCUGUUCCUUCUUGUUGUGAUGAUAAGGCUUGUUACCAAGCUCCAACCAAUAACCUUGAUGAUAUCAGUUUAGAUAAUGGUUGUUGGACCAGUUUUACUAUUUAUUGUAUAAAAAGGAAUAAUAAAAAAAAACAAGAAGCAGAGAAUGAAGAGUCGCAAGUGGAUGAGCGGGUUGCUGACAGUCCUAUCCUUUCUAUUGACGAUAGUGAGGAAAAAGAGGAUUUGGGAAGCCAAAUGUCACUUACUGAUUUUAUUUUAGAUUUAGUCUUUGGUUUCAUAUUUUCGGACAUUUUAUUUGAGUAG